AGGAGCUGUCGGCCUCCGUGCGGCCUCAGCGGUUCCUACCCCGUGAGGAGCUAUCGAUGGUGGGCACGGGCCUUCCGCAUCUACUGGAGGAAAGGCGGCUGUGCUGGGGCCUUGAAUCGCAAUUGCCAGUUUGCCUAUAGGAGAAGAAACCUGGACAAACACCUUCCUGCCAGUGUCCAGAGCCAGAGCACCCUCAACUGUGCCACAGCAAUGCAAGCUGCCCUUUUAUCUGGGAGACCUGCCAGGCAGCAGAAACAGGCAAGGAAACAGCUACGUUAAACUGGUCUGAGGUUGACUCAAGGCAACGUGGACUGGUCUGAAGUGGAAUAACAACCUGAUUCUAUCUCCUGUUUCUCCUGGUGCAACCCGUCAGCAGCCUUCCUGCCUCAGCCAGUGGCAGUGUUGCGAGCGCCACAGAUCCUGCACCCCUGUGGAUCAGAUGUCUUGAAGCAUUUCUGAGCUGAGCUGGUUUUUCAGUGCCUCAGGAGCCGUGGCGCACCAGGUGUCCAUCAUGACCGACUGGGUGCUGCUGGGGCUGAUCGCGGCGCUGGUCGUGCUGCUGCUGCUGACCGUCUUCGGUUUCGUCGUCUACUCGGGGCUCUUCACCGAGGUGGUUGUGAGUGCCGGCUCCCCCCCUGUCGGCAACAUGACUCUGGCCUACAAAUUCCGGGUGGGCCCGUAUGGAGAAUCCGGGCAGCUCUUCACGGAUGGCUGCAGCAUCUCCUCGAAGCUCUGCUCCAUCGGCGUUUACUAUGACAACCCUCACACGGUGUCUCCAGAGAAGUGCCGCUUUGCCAUAGGCCGCAUCCUGAGCGAGGGAGACGCGAAGCCGUCAGAAGAGCAGAUCAAACGGUUCCAGAAGUAUGGCUUUAAGAUCUUCAGCUUCCCUGCUCCCAGCCACGUGGUCAUGGCGACCUUCCCAUUCACUACACCGUUGUCCAUCCAUCUGGCAGUCAACCGUGUCCACCCAGCCCUUGACACUUACAUCAAGGAGAGGAAGCUGUGUGCCCACCCCCGGAUCGAGAUCUACAAGCAGGACCGCAUCUACUUCGUGUGUCCCCUUGCCCGCCAAGGGGACUUCUAUGUGCCUGAAAUGAAAGAACUGGAGAGGAAGAGCAGGUCUGCUGCAGCUGUGGCCGAGGAUGCCCAGACAGACAUCACAGGGGUCGACACCAUGAGUGAGACGAGCUCCAUCAGCGUGGAGGCCACAACUGACAGCAGAGACACCUCGGUGGCCACCUCCAUCCUGCUGCCCUUCCCAGCCAGCCGCGGCCGGGAGGAGGCGGACAACCGCAGCGAGCACAGCUACAGCGAGUCGGGAGCCAGCGGCUCCUCCUUCGAGGAGCUGGACCUGGAGGUUGCCGGGGACGGGGAGGGAGCCCCGGGCCUGCUGCCCGAUGCAGGCUACCCGGGCAGCCAGGAGGUCGCAGACAAGUGGACCAAGGAGCCCAUCGCUGCCGAGAGGGGAGAGGAGUAAAGAGACACCUGACUGCCUCGCCUCCCGCUGGAGUCUGAGUUACUGGGAACCAGUUGCCUUUCCCACCUCCUUCCUCUCCAGCCAAGAGAUUUUGGUCGCUGAUUCCCCCCAGGACCUGCUCUCCCUCUUUGCAGAAAGGGUGUUUGACCGUUUUUGGGGGCGCUGGGAGGUGGGGGGGAUUUCUGUGGUGCUUGGUGGUGCACGGUUCGGUGCAAGCUGGGGGGACAGCGAAAUGCUUUUGCCAUUUGUGUGUGUCCAGGCACGUUGCAGAUUCCUUGCAGGUGUCUGGGAGAUGGUGGUGGGUGUCAGAGAUGUCCCCCCCUCGUCUCUGCUGGUGCCCCUCUCGCCCACAGCUUCUCUCUGCCGCACCACCACGUUUUCUAGCACCAAAGAGCUGUGAGCUGGGCCAGUUGGGUUUGUUCCCCUCUUCUCUUCCCCUUGCUGAACAAUGGAAACAUCCUGUGUAAACGUGGUCCUCUUGGCACUGCCACGGGCGCUUUGGGGUCUGUAAUAAAGUGGAUGCUUUUCCUCA